CACGACACAGAUAUAGUUGUACAACAUCGCGCAGUGUAACAGCAGGUGUACUUAUAGGCGUGUAUACAUUAGGGAUUAAGUUCCAUCGUCGGACUCUCGCGCGGUCUAUAAAAUCAAUCAUCUCAGGUCGCAGCAACAGUUUGCGAACUGUCAACAAACGGCCCGAACAUGAUGACACCCAUCGAUCCGGACCUCGUCGACGACCAAGUCAACGGCCAGCAGAGCAUCGAGGCCGAGGUGCACUCACCCAUGCUGACGCCGCCCAGCCAGGCCAAGUCCUCGGCCUCGGACGACGGAUUGUCCAUCAACAACAGUACCUCCGUUGAGGGCUCCGUCGUUGCCUCACCGUCCAUCGAGAGUUUUUCCACGUUUCCCGAGCAGGAGGAGGAAAUUUUCGACGCGAUCGCGGAUCACAGAGAUCUGCAAGUUAAAGUUGACUGUCCGCAGAAACACGUUGAGACACUCGAGACCUUCAUCACCUUUAGGAUAACGACAAAGUCCACUAGAUCCGACUUAAAAGAUGGUGAAUAUGUCGUUCGCAGACGUUACAACGACUUCGCCUGGAUUCGCCAAAAACUUGUUGAAACUUAUCCAGCACAUAUCAUCCCACCAAUGCCUGGAAAGCAUACACUACUGGCACAACUAGACCGUUAUUCUAAAGAAUUUAUUCUUGCUAGAAUGAGACUGUUACAUAUUUUUUUAAACAGGAUUGCCAGUCAUCCUAUACUAAGUUGUGACAAGGAUGUCUGUGCUUUUCUCACAGCUCAACCUACUGAAUUUAUGGUCUAUAAAAAAAGUCAUACAAACACCAAUAAAGGUAUGGAUCCAAGAUCUUUAACAGCUGCAGCCAUGAAAAAUCCUAUUGCAGAAUUUGAACAUUUUAAGGAUUACUGUAUAGGUCUUAGUGACAAAUUAAGCGCAGUGGAUAAAAUUAGUAGAAGAAUAAAUAAAGAAAGACAUGAAUGUUUGGCUGAGUUAAAUCAAUUGCAUCCAAUAUUUACAAUGUGGGCCUCUUCAGAACCAGAACUUUCAAAAACUUUAGAAGCUAUUGCUAAAGCACUUCAUUCUAAUGCUAAUGCACAUAAAAUAUUGAUAGAUUCUGUAUCGAAUGAAGAAAAAGAAUAUGUAACAUAUGUUGAAGCUGUAAAAGAUGCUCUUAAUCGGAGGGAUGCCAUGCAAAUUGAAUAUGAGUUAUCAUCAGAAGAAUUAAACAAAAGAACAGUUGAAAAACAAGAAGUUGAAGAUCCACGAAAUAGUAAUAAUCGAUGGGAUGGUUCUUUCUGGAAAAGUGAGAGUAGUGGAGAAAAGCUUAGCAGAUUAUCAUUAGCAAUACCUCGAAUAUUGAAAGUCGUUGAAGUAUUACACGAUAGAAUAGAAUGUGCUAAUGAAAAUUUGCGAUGCGACAUUCAGCGAUGGAAUGCCGAAAAACAAGCUGAAUUAAAAAGUAUGCUCAUAGCAAUGGCCGACAAGCAGAUCGAGCAUUAUGAACAAACUAUGCAAUCCUGGGAAGAAGCUCUGGCUACUAUAAAAGAAACAAGUAAUGAAUCUGAUACAGCUGUGAAUUCACCUCGGGUGACUGCUUAAAAGUUAAUAUCAAUUUGACCAGACAAAAUUUAAUGGUCAGAAGUUUCUUAAUUAAUUUUAUUUAAACAUUUACCAAAUAUUUUAAGUAAAUGAUCAAUUUAGAGGCAGUACCAACUAGGUUAUUUUUAUAUGCAAAGACGGCUACAUCCGGAAACCGUACUUUUUAUGUCGUUUUAUUAACUUUUAUUCAACUGAUGAAUUUUCAAUCAAAAUAUUACUAGGUCCGAUACCGAUACUUUUUAUUAGAAAAAAAAAUGAAUUUACAAAGAAUGCAUUUUGCUGUGAUAUUAAUAAUACCAGAUAGAUAACUAUAUUUUGCAAAUGUACAUAAUUAUUUCAUUGAAUGACUUUUAUUUUUUUGGAGUAUUAAAUUUUACUCUUGUGCAAGUUUCAUUUUGGGACCAAAACUAUUUUCAAUAUCUAUUGAGACUUUGAAUUUCCAAUUGAAAUCAAUUUGACUUGAAAUGGGUGAAUUGAAAGUGGUACUUGCCGGAUGCUCAAAUCUUUAAUCAGAUAAAUUAUAUAAGGUAAAAUUAUGUAGGAAAUGCAAUGUCAAAGAAAAGAAUUUAAGUCUCCACCAACAAGUUUUUAUAUCCAAUAUAGUCACAUCAGAUCCAACAGAU